CGAUCCCCGCAGGGACAGUUAAAUCGUAAUUAACGAGCCCAGCUACGUCAAAAAACGGAUAAAGCUCCCUCUCUUCGAUCCCGAUUUCAAAUUAACCCGCUUUCUCUUACACAUUCCCUCCAUUGUUUUUUUUUUUCUUCUCUGCAAAAUUUGUUUCUAAAACUUGAAACGCAGGAGAAGAAAAAGGGGGAGAGAGAGAGAGAGAGAGAGAGAGAGAGAGAGAGAGAGAGAGAGAGGGAUUUACGGAAUUGAUGGCGAUUUUCUCCGCGAGACGUGGAGUGUUUGGAUGCGUUUGUUAUUUGGUGCUGAUACUGUUAUACGCCAGGAUAUGUGUAUCCGCGAGAUCUGAUAAUGAAAUCCGGGAAAGGUUUUAUGGUAACCUUGUGAAUUCGUCAUCGACAGGUACUGGAGAGGGGAGUAUUGCCAAAAUGUUCGAUCGUGUUCUUGAGAAAGAGUUCUCCGAAAAUGAUCAGCCUGAAGGAUCUGAUGCAAGCAGUUUCAAUACUAGUGUAGCUGAUCAGCAAGCUGUACUGGAAACAGUAGCUAAAAUCACCCAUGAGAAGGCGAAGAGAAAUGAUACUCAAGUGGCAAACGGCACAAGAUCAUUCCAGAUUAAGGAUGUUUUUACCCUUGAAAAUGAAGAUUCAGAUGAGACAACAACCUUAAUUGACAAAAAGGAUAAUGUGUUUGUAAUGUCGAACAAAAAAUCCAAGUAUCCAGUACUCCAAGUUGAUUUGAGAUUGAUAUCAGAUUUGGUUGUUGUCAUAGUCUCUGCUGCCAUUGGUGGUAUUAUCUUUUCAUGUCUGGGGCAACCGGUUAUUGUGGGCUAUCUUCUUGCGGGUUCACUUAUAGGACCAGGGGGUUUGAAAUUUAUUAGCGAAAUGGUACAGGUUGAAACUGUUGCACAGUUUGGUGUUGUCUUUCUUCUUUUUGCUCUUGGGCUAGAGUUUUCUUUGGCAAAGUUAAAAGUUGUGGGCCCAGUUGCUGUUUUUGGAGGACUACUUCAAAUUGCAAUAUUUAUGUGCUUGUGUGGCAUAAUUGCAGUGUUAUGUGAAGCAAAAUUAUCUGAGGGUGUCUUUGUUGGCUCCUUCCUCUCAAUGUCGUCAACUGCAGUUGUUGUGAAGUUUUUAGUAGAACAGAAUAGCACUAAUGCUCUUCAUGGUCAAGUUGCUAUUGGGACUCUAAUUUUUCAGGAUUGCGCUGUUGGUUUGUUAUUUGCUUUGCUCCCAGUUUUGGGUGGUAGCAGUGGCCUACUACAAGGAAUGAUUUCAAUGGGAAAGUUGAUGCUGGUAUUAUCAAUAUAUCUCACUGUUGCAUCUGUAUUGUCUUGGUCGUUUGUUCCUCGCUUCCUAAAGUUAAUGAUGCAGAUAUCAUCUCAAACAAAUGAACUUUAUCAGCUUGCUGCUGUGGCCUUCUGCUUAUUAUCUGCGUGGUGCAGUGAUAAGCUGGGUCUCAGCCUUGAGUUGGGUUCAUUUGUUGCUGGAGUUAUGAUAUCUACUACUGACUUUGCACAGCAUACUUUAGAUCAGGUUGAACCAAUUCGAAAUCUAUUUGCAGCUCUCUUCCUUUCUGGUAUUGGGAUGCUCAUACAUGUACAGUUUCUGUGGAACCAUGUGGAUAUAUUAUUGGCAGCUGUUAUUCUAGUUAUUGUUGUUAAGACUGCUGUUGCUGCUGUGGUCACAAAGGCUUUCGGGUAUAGUGUCAGAACGUCUUUCCAUGUCGGAGUGUUGCUUGCUCAAAUUGGAGAAUUCGCUUUUGUUCUUCUAAGUCGUGCCUCAAAUCUUCACCUUGUUGAGGGAAAGAUGUAUCUUCUUCUUCUUGGAACAACAGCUCUUAGUCUGGUAACAACUCCUCUUUUGUUCAAAUUGAUACCUAAUGUAAUGAACUUGGGUGUUCUUUUACAAUGGUUUCCCUCAGAGAGCAGCUCACAAGAUGAGGAGAAAGUUUCCAUCAUUGAAGCACAUGACAGAUUAUGGUGACCUUCCCAUGCAAUCGUAGUCUGGUUAUACUGGUAUUACACUUUAGAUCAUAGUCAUAUACAAGUAUUAGGGUUUAAUAUCACUCCAAAUAUCAUUGUUGGGGUUUCUGAUAACCCGUCACAGUGUCAGUUCCAUUGAAAGUAAGCUGAAAAGUCUCAUGUACAUUCAUAUAUUCUUUAUGAUUCUUUGUAUAUAUGAUUUUACAUUUUGAUCAUUCACGAGUUCUGAGUUCCUUCUAUUCCUUGUGAUAUGUUGUGAGUUACAGUCGAGCUAUAUUCUUGCCCCUUAAGAGCCAAAAAGAGUUACCAGUCUUAUCAUAAUUUCCAAAGAUAUCUACUUUUUCCUUUUGUGACGAGUUUAUGAAUCUGUACCGAGCUACAUAAUUCGAUUCAACAUUGAAAUCUAUAUCUUUGUCCAGCUAUAUUUAGCAAGGCUUAUUGGCUUUGUACUUUAUAGUGAUUUAUUUAUAAUUUUGAGUCAAUUGAUGACUGCAUUUCUUUUAUCUUUGAAGGACAGAUAUAGUAUUAAUCUGUUCUUCUAGGGACAGUUUCAAGGUAUAGAAUUCAUUGAGCUGGCCAACUGGGUCAAUGUUUUGCUAGAUUAAGCAUGUGGACCAUCCAAUUAUGGCAAUUUCAAAGCAUUUAGAGGACUUUUUUUUUUAAUAUCUGAGUCUGAGCAGAAAUGUUCUUUAACUCUUUUUCUCUUUAUUUGUUUUUUGGGUUCUUCUGUUUUUAUGGAAUUUUUUUUUUUUUAUGGGAUCUGUAAACUUAAUAGCACAACAGUUGAAGCGCUUGCAUUGCAUGGCAUUUCUACCUGUAUUUGGGAGGCAAGUCUUCUCUUGUAAUCUAAGAUACAGUAUCAAUGUGUUGGAAAAUGAUUUUUGCGCUCAUUUUGGGACUUGAGAUUAAUGUUUUGUUUGAAAUUUUUUGGUGUUUGGUAAUUACU